CUGUUAACAUUUUUGUUUUCAAAACCACUGAUUGGUGAUGGAAUUUUGAUUAUAUUCCUUGGUUUAUUCUUCAGGUUGCACUAUGGUUGCCAACGUUUUUUGCUAAUCAUUACCCACACUUUUGAAGUACACAGUUGUGAAGAUUGACUGAAGAAGGGGUCAAUCCAUUGCAUCACAAAUUACUUGAAGAUCCUAUAAGAAUCAAAAUCUUCUUGAUUUACAUUUUUGGGGUUUGGUCAAUUCUGAAAAGCUUGUGCACAAUUCCUAUUGCAAUGUCCCUAUUAUCCAGAUUACGCUGUAUCACUGUGGAUGUUACUGGUACUCUCAUAGCUUACAAAGGGGAGCUUGGUGACUACUAUUGCAUGGCAGCCAAAGCUGUUGGACUACCAUGCCCUGACUAUAAACGUGUGCAUGAAGGUUUCAAGCUUGCAUAUACAGAGAUGGCAAAGAAGCAUCCGUGUUUUGGGUUUGCAGCAAAAAUGCCAAACAUUGUAUGGUGGAAAACUUGUGUUAGAGAUUCAUUUGUCAGGGCAGGGUACGAGUAUGAUGAGGACAUGUUUGAGAAGAUAUUUAGACGCAUAUAUGCUUCCUUUGGUUCAUCUGCACCAUAUACAGUUUUUGCAGAUUCCCAACCCUUCCUAAGAUGGGCUCGUGAAAAGGGUCUUAAAGUGGGGAUUAUAAGCAAUGCAGAAUAUCGUUACCAGGAUGUGAUUCUUCCUGCCUUGGGUUUGAACCAGGGAUCCGAGUGGGACUUUGGUGUGUUCUCUGGUCUUGAAGGUGUAGAAAAACCAGACCCAAGGAUUUAUAAGAUUGCUCUUGAAAGGGCUGGUGAUAUUGCCCCAGAAGAGACUAUGCACAUUGGUGACAGCAUGCGCAAAGACUAUGUCCCAGCAAAGAGUGUGGGGAUGAAUGCGUUGUUAUUGGAUAGAUUCAAAACUCCUGAUGCUGAGGAAUGGAGAAAAUCCGGUGCUAUUGUUCUUCCUGACUUGGUGGCGGUGCAGCAAUUGCUUUCUUCAGGGAAGUAAACUUGUCAAGGGGCUUCGUUUCUACCUGAAAUGCUGUCAUCUGUAUAUUGUUUUAACCUUUUGGUUGAUAAAUAUGUGGCGAUAUUACUAACCAGUUACCAGCUGGCUUCUCCCUGUGUAAUGUUCACAUUUCCUAUUUGCAUACCCUCUGAGCGUCUAGAACUUUGCCGUGAUUUAACGGGGAAAAAGAGUUGCAAUUUUUUAUCAUUAACAAUGUGUCUCUGUUUAUAGAAGAUGCUAUUUGUUUCUUCAGUUUCAUUUUAACAUGAAGGAAGGGAAGAUUGGUUAAGUGAUAACGAUAGAGUGUG